AUGGCAACCUGGGAACCCUCCCCGAAGCUCCAGGCUCAGAAGGAGAUCGCGGAUAAAGCUUUCUGUGCUGGGCCUAUGCGGGGCCUAGAGGAGCAGGACCGCGAUGUCCAGGUACUCCGCUUCCAACCUUCCUUGCUCCGGAUUUGCGCGUCUCUUGAGAGCCUCCCUUUCCCCCAUCCCACUCUACGAGGAGCAGGGAAUGAAACACUCUGGGAAAUUGCAAAAGCUGAAGUGGAAAAGAGAAGAAACAAUGGAAACGAGAGUGAUGGAGUUGAAGUUGGAGAAAAAACUGUUUUCUUCAUUGGCAGUAAAAAUGGGGGGAAAACCACUAUUAUUCUACGGUCCCUUGACAGGGAUGAGCCACCAAAACCAACCUUGGCUUUGGAAUAUACAUAUGGCAGAAAAGCAAAAGGACAUAACACACCAAAACAUAUUGCUCACUUUUGGGAACUAGGUGGAGGCACCUCUUUACUGGACUUAGUCACCAUACCAAUCACAGUUGACACGCUAAGGACAUGUUCUAUUGUUCUUGUUAUGGAUCUUUCAAAACCUAAUGACCUUUGGCCUACCAUGGAAAACCUGUUGCAAGUCACAAAAAACCACAUAGAUAAAAUGAUAAUGAAACUGGGAAAGACAAACUCUAAAGCAACUUUGGAAAUGCGACAGAAGAUGUGGAGUAAUAUGCCAAAGGAUCAUCCAGACCGUGAACUGAUUGACCCAUUUCCAAUACCCCUAGUUAUAAUUGGAAGUAAAUAUGAUAUUUUUCAGGAAUUUGACUCUGAGAAACGGAAAAUGAUAUGCAAGACUCUCCGAUUUGUUGCACAUUAUUACGGAGCAUCACUAAUGUUUACCAGUAAAUCAGAAGCUUUAUUGCUAAAAAUUCGUGGAGUCAUCAACCAAUUGGCAUUUGGUGUUGACAAAAGCAAUUCGAAAUGUGUGGAUCAGAAUAAGCCACUCUUUAUCACAGCAGGAUUGGAUUCUUUAAGUCAGAUAGGAUCCCCUCCUGUUCCUGAUAAUGAAAUUGGAAAGCUUCAUGCCCAUUCACCAAUGGAACUGUGGAAAAAAGUAUAUGAAAAGCUCUUUCCACCGAAGAAUAUCAACACCCUAAAAGAUGUUACAGACCCGGCGCGAGAUCCUCAGUAUGCCGAGAGGGAAGUUGAUGAGAUGCGAGUUCAGAAGGACCAGGUAUUAGCCUAA